AUGAGUGAUGAAGAAGAUGAAGAAAGAUUACUUAAAGACUAGGAUAGUAGGGAAAAAUAAGAAUAUACCAAUUAAAAGAAAGGGGAUUAAAAUAAGAAUAAAACAUUUGAUGAUUAAUCAGGUCCAUCAAAAUUUGAUGCAAUUGUAAUACUGAUUUUAGUAAUUAUGAUUGGAUUAUCAGGAUUUGGGUUAUUAAAGCAUUAUAAUGGUAAGCUUACUUAAUUAAUUGAUUAGUUUUAAUUCCAUCUUAACCAAUUGAUAAUGAUGUACGUGGAGUCUUAUCAAAUAUUCAUUAAAAAGAUUCAGCUGUAUAAGAAGUUUUUAAUAAAAUCAGCGAUGGAUUAUAAAAUGUAGGUGAUAGCAAAGCACCAAAAGAAGAUGAACUUGCAAUAGAUAGUGUUUUAGAUAGUUAUAUCUCCAAAAUAGAAUAGUAUACAGAUGUCUAGACCGAUUGGGUGGAUGAUUAAGAUGAAAUCAAUAAAAAAAUAGAGGAAUAAUUAGAAGACUAAUAAAAUAUAGUUUAGGAUUUGGAAGAACUUAUAAUAUAAUAAGAAUCAGAAAUCUAAAUUCUAAAACCUGUAUUUUCCAAAAAUAUUUAUACUUAUAAGGAAUUAUAAAAUGGAAUAAAAGUUUUGUUUAUUUAAACAACUACAGAAGGCAUUCAUAUGACAAUUACAUUAAAUAUAGGAAAGAAGAAUGAUCCAUAAGAUAAACCUGGUUUGACAGAACUAUUAUUCAGAUGCCUAUAAACCAAUUUUUAUAUUGAAAUUUAUAAUCAUUACACUACAUUAACAGCUUAGCUAAAUUUAUUUGAAGAAUUAAACACAAAAUUAUAAGAAUUGUACAACAUAUUAAUAAAACCAUAAUUUAUAGAUAUUGAAAAGAAUGCUAAGGAUUUAUUUGAUGAUUUAAUGCAUGAUUCUAAAUUUGGUGAUUUAGAAUAUGUAAGUGAAUUCUUAAGUUAAUAAACCUAAUUAAAAGAACUUAAUAUAUUAGAAGUAGAUUAAGAAUAAUUAUACUAAUAAUAUAUUUAGCAUAUUUCAGCUGAUACACUAACUUUAGUUUUUAAAACCUAAGAUGAAUCUGAAUCUAUAUUAGAUAAACUAUUUUAAUCGGAUCUAACUAAAUUAAAAAAUUUACAUAGAUUUUAAUAACCGAUAUUUUAGAAUAGAUAUCCUUUAGGUAGACAUAUCUUAAAAUUCAAAAGUGAUACAGAGGUAUUAACAAUCCUAUCUAUGAGUGAUUAAUAUAGUUGUUAAAGAUUCUUAGCAUAUUUAUUACCAAAACCAUUUUAUGGUGCAAUGUGGUAAAAUCAUCUUUUAGUAACACUAGAUAUAGAUUUAGGUAAUAUUUUAAUCUCCAUAAAUAAAUUGAUCUAAUUUUUAGAUUAUUUAAAGCAUGCUGAUGAAAUUUAACUUGAACAUUUGUAUUCGUAAAUGUUAGCAACAGAAGAAUUAUUAUUCAAUACAAAAUAUGAAGAGAAUCUUGUCAAGAUUGGAUAGAACUUAUUUUCUGAUCCCAUUUAUGCUUUGAAAGGAUAAGAAAGUGAACCAAUUUUUGAUAAAGAGGAAUUCAAAUAAUAUGUAUCGAAUUUGGCUAAUAAUUUUGUUAUUUUGGUUGGAAGUGAGAAUUUUCAAUAUAAUUAAACAUAUGAAUCAUAAAAAGAUGAUUCAAUAUUUAUAUUGGAUGCUGUUUUAAAUAAAGUUCAUUAAGGUUUUACAUAUGAUUUAAAACCUUUAGUGAAAUUAUUUGAACUUAAUAAUAAUUAUUAAUUUUAAUUACCAUCUAUUAGCCCAUUUUUACCUGAAAAUUUGGCAAUAUUAUCAGUUUGUGAACCAGUAUAUAAAAUAUAAGGAUUUGGAUAUUAAAAAGUUGAUGAUUUAAGUUUAACAGUAAAAGAUGGAAAAUUUGAUGGAUCAAGAGAACCUAAAUUUGAAACAGUAGAAUUUGUUUGUGAAUUCCCAUUGCCAGAUUUUCAAGUAGAUUGUUUGGAAAAGGAGAAAGCUGCUUAAUUUUCAUUAACACCAUUUUAAAUUGCAAGCAAUGUUUGGUGGAAACCUAGUAGAUUGGGUGCAAUGGUAUUUACUGGAUUAUUUAUUGAAAAACCUGAAUCUACAUUAGCAUAAGGUAAAACAAUGUUGAAAUUGUUACAAAAAUAUUACACAGAAUUAGCUAAAAGACUAUUUUAAUAAGAAUUUUUAUUUGGAUAUGAAUUAUCCUUCAAAGAGACUAUUAAUGGUCUUAAUGUAUAGAUGCUUAGUUAUUCAGAAAAAUAAUCAGAAUUUUAAGAUAAAGUUUUUGAUUUGAUGAGUAUCGAUGAUGAAUAGUUAUUUUAUUAUGUAAAAGAUUUAUUGAAUAAAGACAUAAGAAGAUUUCAUGAUUAGAAGUUGUCUCUUUUAACAUAAUAAUAUUAUUUGCCUAAGAUAAUGUUAAGACCAGUUAAUACUCCUUAAGAGAUAUUAAAUGUAUUAGAUGAAGUGGAUUAUCAAAAAUUCUUGGAAUUCUAAGGAUCUUUGUUAUCUAGCAAAAUAGAAAUUUUAAAUAUUGGAAAUAUAUUACCAAAUGAUGAUGCAUUUGAAGAUUCGUAAGAAACUUAUAUGACUAGAACAUUAAAUUUAAAAGGUUAAAAUUUAAAGUAUAUUGUACAAAGAGAAUCAAAUAAUGAUAUGACUUCAUCAGUACUUAAUUAUUAUUAAACAGGAUUGAAAAACAUAGAAACUACUUCUAAAUUGUAUUUCUAUGCAGAUUUCUUAUAAUCUUAUUCAAACAAUUAUUUUAAAAUGGGUCAAUAAGUUUUAAUAAAGAGAAAACCAUUAGGAUGUGCAGAUGGAUUAUAAGUAUAUAUGUAAGGAAUUUUACCAUCAGAAGGGAAUGAGGAGAUUGAGAAAUUUUUAAAAUAAGCUAAUUUACAUUUAAGUAAUUUAUAAGAUGAAGACAUUUUGGAAUAGAAGUUAUAUACAAUAAAUAAAUUAUAUAAUGAGAUUAAAUUUAAAACUCUAUAGGAGGAAAGUUAAUUUAUAUGGGAUAAGAUUGUUAAUAAGAAUUAUGCAUUUAAUGAGAUUUAAGAUGUAAUAAGAUAUUUAGAUGAUGCAUUUCCAUAGAAACUUAGAGAAUGUGCAAAUUUAGUAAUGUAAGGUUAAAUGAGUGUAUAAGUGUAUGCAGUAGAUUAAUCAAUUGAAAACACAGAAGGGAUUUAGAGUCUAGAAUAGUUAAUUGAUCAAGAUGUUUAUGAAUGUUUUUUUACAUUGUGA